UAGUAAUUACCACUAUUUAAGUAUUUAACUAUUUAGUCUUUACUGCAAAGUGGUAGGUAGCAGAUUACUCAGUAGCAAGUCAAGCUAGCUGACGGAAACAGAUUUGUGAUUUAGGAAUCGUGAAGAGAUCUACCUAAAAGGACAAUGUUUACCGGGAAAGUCGUUAUUAUAACUGGAGCGAGUUCCGGAAUCGGGGCCGAAACAGCUUUGGAAUUUUCAAAACUAAAUGCAAUCUUAGUUCUAACAGGGAGAAAUGAAGAAAAUUUAUCCAAAGUCAGUCUGAAAUGUGAGGAAAUGUCCCCUAGCAAACUAAAACCUCUGAAAAUUGUUGCUGAUUUAACCAACGAAAAUGAUGUAGAAAAUAUAAUUAAGAGCACAGUAAACAAGUUUAAGAGGAUAGAUGUUCUAGUAAACAACGCUGGAGUUUUAGCAUCAGGUUCUAUAGAAACAACAUCAUUAGACCAAUAUGAUUUCAUUAUGAACACAAACGUACGCGCCCCGUACCAACUAACUAUGCUCGCUGUACCAUAUUUGGUCAAGACUAAAGGGAAUAUUGUUAAUGUAUCCAGUGUUGCGGGGUUGAGAUCUUUUCCAAAUAUAGUUGCAUAUUGCACUUCUAAAGCAGCAUUAGAUCAGUUUACAAGAUGCGUAUGUCUUGAACUGGCGCCUAAAGGUGUGAGAGUCAAUGCUGUUAAUCCUGGUGUGAUUGAAACCGGAAUCCAUUUAAAAGGAGCAAUGAAUGAAGAAGAGUAUAAGGCCUAUUUGGUUAAAUGUAAAGACACUCACGCUUUGGGCAGGAGUGGUAAUGUUAAAGAGGUUUCCUCUGUUAUAGCCUUUUUGGCUAGCGACGCUGCCAGCAAUAUCACUGGUGCUACUUUGCCUGUUGAUGGAGGCCGACACGCUAUGUGCCCACGUUGAUUUUUGAAACAAAAAAUAUUAAUAUCUUGUUAUUGCAAUAAUAUUUAAUAUUAAAAAAGUGAUGUUUUA